AUGGAGGAAACUACGGGCACCAUGGCGAUGACUCUUCUGUUGGAUCUGGUUAAAAUUCACACUUUGGGCACACAUUCAUGGAGAAGAAUUCAGGACUUUCCCCCUUGUAUGGUCCCCUGUGGUGAACCGGGAAUAACCAUUAGUGGCACUGUUAAUUGGUUUUCAUAUUCUGACGCGAUUCUUAGUUCCUCGCAGGCCAUUGUUUCUCUUGAUUUGGAGACAGAGUCUUAUAGACAGAUUUCACAGCCGGAUUAUGGAAUGCAAGUUAACUUGACUCUCGUCGUAGAAAGUAUCAAGAUUCAAGACAUGAGUUUGAUAGAUUCAGAAGUCUACAUUGAGAGUUUGAUAUUACUUGGAUUUUAA